UUUAUUUUUUUUGCGUUUUAAAACCAGCCGAAAUGGAGACUUCUCAGAUCCGUCAGAACUACCACCGCGACUGCGAGGCCGCCGUUAACAAGAUGGUGAACCUGGAGCUUUACUCCUCCUACACCUACACCUCCAUGGCCUGCUACUUUACUCGCGAUGACGUCGCGCUCGAGGGUUUCGCGCGUUUCUUCAGAGAGAACGCGCACGAGGAGCGCGAGCACGCGGAGAAGUUUGUGUCCUUCCAGAACAAGAGAGGCGGCCGCGUUUUCCUCCAGGACGUCAAGAAACCAGAGCGUGAUGAGUGGGGCAGUGGACUGGAGGCCAUGCAGUGUGCUCUGCAGCUGGAGAAGACUGUGAACCAGGCUCUGCUGGACCUGCACAAGCUCUCCACUGAUAAUGGAGAUCCUCAUCUCUGUGACUUCCUGGAGUCUCACUACCUGAAUGAGCAGGUGGAGACCAUAAAAAAACUGGGUGACCACAUCACCAACCUCACAAAGAUGGAUGCCGCCAACAACCGUAUGGCUGAGUACCUGUUUGAUAAACACACCCUGGGAGGAAGGAGUUAAAACUGCCUCUGCACUGAUCAGCAGACCCUCCAUCAUUAACCCUAUGAGUUGAAACGAGAGUAACUUCCUGUCUGUAAUCUCUCAUUCUCAUGUGGAGGAUUAAACACUGACCAUUUAAAUGAAUAAACACUGAGAUGGGCACAGACCUGUUUAAUUCUCUUUUCUUAAAUCCUACUGAGCUAUUACACGCGCACACACACACGCGCACCCCCCGGUUGAGGCUCAAUUGUCUGACAGUGUUGUGGAGGUAUGGAAGUCCUUUUAUUUGUUGGUGUUGUAAAUAAUCAGAUUACUGGCCUAUGUCUCUCUAUGAAUAAAUGUGUAAAGGAAAUACCUGCAGGUAAGCUGUAACUGCAUAAUUCUAACCUUGUUUUUCUUUCCA